AUGCUGAAGUUCGCGUUGUUGGCCUUGGAAAAUGUAAAAGAAGUCAUAGAGUCAGAACACAGAGCGAUGAACAAGUUCUAUGAAAUUUGUGGCACUUUAAAUUGUUCCAAUCGAGCUAUUACCUCAAGAAGUGAAAAUCUCAAAAAGCUGCUCGAUGGAGGUGAAAAAUAUAAUAUGAAGGAAGGGAAUUUUCCAUCUUCUUCCUUUCCGGAACAUAUUGGGGGUAGUAGCACCUAUCCUGAUCGUUACUGGUUUAUAGAAUUCUAUGACAAUGUCAAAAAAACAGAAUCGGAAAAUGUGAAAAUAUGCAAACCAGGCCCCUUGGCGCCUUUUUCUGGAUGGCUCGUUGAUAGCAUCAAUCAAAGUGAAGCAAGGCGUAGAGCCCUGACUCAUUUGUGUUCCAAAUACUUGUUACCAUCAAUUAAGGAUGCAUAUAAUUUGGUAUCCGUUGAUUGCAAGGGAUUGGAUGUGUUAGGGAAGGUUUCAAAGGGGGGAUGGCUGCCACUCAGGCUCCCAUUCAAUAAAGAAGCCGAUGAUCUUGAAUCUUUAUGUGCUAAGUUUUUAGAAAUGGAAGAGGAUCUCCAACAUCUGAAGUUAAUGCAUGAAUAUAAGUUAAUCCGGUUCUGA